CGUGGGUCAAUUUUUUGUGAAUGAGGAGGGGAGGUUGUGGGGCCGCCGCCGCGGAGCACCGUCCCCGCCGCCGCCCGAGCCCGCGCGCCCGCCCGCGCCGCCGCCCGAGCCGCUCCCCGCGGGGCCGCCGCCGCCCGAGCCCGGAGCCCGCUCCCGCCCGCCGGCGGGUGGCGGCGCAGGCUGAGGAGAUGCGGCUCGGGGCGCCCGAGCAGGGCUGAGCGCGGCCCGCCGCCCGCCGCCGCCGCCGCCGCGGUUCAGCCCGCCAAGCCAGACGAGGACUGCUGCUCGCCUGUGGCAGGGCGGCCCGGCCUGCGCGUGUUGGUCAAGUGGAGACCUGAGCCAUUUUGCAUCUGUUGGAGGAGCACACACGACUAGCGAUGAGCUCCCAAAGCCACCCAGAUGGACUCUCGGGCCGUGACCAGCCGGUGGAGCUGCUGAACCCGCCGCGUGUCAGCCACAUGCCUGGUACUGUGGACGUGGCCGCGGCUCUGCCCCUGCAGGUGGCCCCCUCGGCUGUGCCCAUGGACCUGCGCCUGGACCACCCAUUUGUGCUGCCCGUGGCCGAGCCCGCGCUGCGGGAGCAGCGGCUGCAGCAGGAGCUCCUUGCGCUGAAGCAGCAGCAGCAGCUGCAGAGGCAGGUCCUCAUCGCCGAGUUCCAGCGGCAGCACGAGCAGCUGUCGCGGCAGCACGAGGCCCAGCUACAUGAGCACAUGAAGCAGCAGCAGGAGAUGCUGGCCAUGAAACACCAGCAGGAGCUGCUGGAGCACCAGCGCAAGCUGGAGAGGCAUCGCCAGGAGCAGGAGCUGGAGAAGCAACACCGGGAGCAGAAGCUGCAGCAACUCAAGAACAAGGAGAAAGGCAAAGAGAGUGCUGUGGCCAGCACAGAGGUGAAGAUGAAAUUGCAAGAGUUUGUUCUCAAUAAGAAGAAGGCGCUGGCCCACAGGAACCUGAACCAGUGCAUUUCCAGUGACCCCCGCUACUGGUACGGGAAAACUCAGCACAGCUCCCUGGACCAGAGUUCCCCGCCCCAGAGUGGGGCAUCUGCCUCCUACAACCACCCGGUCCUGGGCCUGUAUGACACCAAAGACGACUUCCCUCUGCGGAAGACAGCUUCUGAACCCAACCUGAAACUGCGAUCCCGGCUGAAACAGAAAGUGGCCGAGAGGCGGAGCAGCCCGCUGCUGCGCAGGAAGGACGGGCCUGUGGUCACUGCCCUGAAAAAGCGUCCGCUGGAUGUUACAGACUCUGCCUGCAGCAGCGCCCCAGGCUCUGGGCCCAGCUCACCCAACAACAGCUCCGGGAAUGUCAGCGCCGAGAACGGCGUCAUGCCGGCCACACCCAGUGUCCCCACUGAGGCCAGCUUGGCACACAGGCUGGUGACGCGGGACGGCUCGCUGGCUCCGCUCCCUCUCUACACGUCACCGUCCCUGCCCAACAUCACCUUAGGACUUCCUGCCACUGGUCCUGCUGCUGUAAGUACUCCCUGGGGCCCUGCAGCGGGGUGGCCUGGCCCCUGGAGCUCAGCAGCAGCUUCCGGCUGUGCUCCCCAGGGUGCCACCCCACAGGACGCCGACAGGCUGGCGCUCCCGGCCCUCCAGCAGCGGAUCUCGCUCUUCCCCGGCUCCCACCUGGCCCCCUACCUGAGCACCUCGCCCUUGGAGCGCGACGGGGCGGCCCACAGCCCACUGCUGCAGCACAUGGUGCUGCUGGAGCAACCGCCUGUCGCAGGCCUGGGAGCACCGCCCCUCCACGCACAGUCCCUGGUUGGUGCAGACCGGCUGUCCCCCUCCAUCCACAAGCUGCGGCAGCACCACCGCCCGCUGGGGCGCACGCAGUCGGCGCCGCUGCCGCAGAACGCGCAGGCGCUGCAGCACUUGGUCAUUCAGCAGCAGCACCAGCAGUUCCUGGAGAAGCACAAGCAGCAGUUCCAGCUGCACCUGGGCCAGAUUAUCCCCAAACCGAGCGAGCCAGCGCGGCAGCCUGAGAGCCAUCCCGAGGAGACGGAGGAGGAGCUCCGCGAGCACCAGGCCCUGCUGGAGCAGCCCUACCUGGACCGGCUCUCCGGGCCGAAGGAGGCGCAGGCCUUGGCCGGCGUGCACGUGAAGCAGGAGCCCAUUGAGAGCGACGAGGAGGAGGUGGAGCCUGGCCAGCGGCAGCCCACGGAGCAGGAGCUGCUCUUCAGACAGCAAGCCCUGCUCCUAGAGCAGCAGCGUGUGCACCAGCUGAGGAACUACCAGGCGUCCAUGGAGGCUGCGGGCAUCCCAGUGACCUUCGGAGGCCACAGGCCGCUGUCGCGGGCACAGUCUUCCCCAGCAUCUGCCACCUUCCCCGUGUCUGUGCAAGAGCCCCCCGCAAAGCCACGCUUCACCACAGGCCUCGUGUAUGACACGCUCAUGCUGAAGCACCAGUGUGCCUGCGGCAGCACCAACAGCCACCCCGAGCAUGCCGGGAGGAUUCAGAGCAUCUGGUCGCGCCUGCAGGAGACAGGCCUCCGCAGCCAGUGCGAGUGCAUCCGCGGACGGAAGGCCACGCUGGAGGAGCUGCAGACGGUGCACUCGGAGACCCACACGCUCCUCUAUGGCACCAACCCCCUCAACAGGCAGAAACUGGACAGCUCCCUGACUUCAGUCUUCGUGAGGCUCCCCUGCGGCGGUGUCGGGGUGGACAGCGACACCAUCUGGAACGAGGUGCACUCAGCAGGGGCAGCCCGCCUGGCUGUGGGCUGCGUGGUGGAACUGGUCUUCAAGGUGGCCACGGGGGAACUGAAGAACGGCUUUGCUGUGGUCCGCCCCCCAGGACAUCACGCCGAGGAGAGCACCCCCAUGGGUUUCUGCUACUUCAACUCUGUGGCCGUGGCUGCCAAGCUCCUACAGCAGAGACUGAAUGUGAGCAAGAUCCUCAUCGUGGACUGGGAUGUGCACCACGGCAACGGGACACAGCAAGCCUUCUAUAGUGACCCCAGUGUCCUCUACGUGUCCUUGCAUCGCUAUGAUGAUGGCAACUUCUUCCCGGGCAGCGGGGCGCCGGACGAGGUGGGCACAGGGCCGGGCGUGGGCUUCAAUGUCAACAUGGCGUUCACUGGAGGCCUGGACCCGCCCAUGGGGGACACAGAGUACCUGGCAGCAUUCAGGACGGUGGUCAUGCCCAUCGCCGGCGAGUUUGCCCCGGACGUGGUGCUGGUGUCAUCAGGCUUCGACGCCGUGGAGGGCCACCCCACGCCGCUCGGGGGCUACAACCUCUCUGCCAAGUGUUUUGGACACCUGACCAAGCAGCUCAUGGGCCUGGCUGGUGGCCGCAUCGUCCUGGCCCUCGAGGGAGGCCACGACCUGACGGCCAUCUGUGAUGCCUCUGAAGCGUGUGUCUCUGCUCUCCUGGGAAAUGAGCUCGAUCCUCUCCCUGACAAGGUCAUGCAGCAGAGACCCAACGCCAACGCCGUGCGCUCCAUGGAGAAGGUCGCGGAGAUCCACAGCAAAUACUGGCGCUGCCUGCAGCGUCCAUCCACUGCCGGGCGCUCCCUGAUGGAGGUGCAAACGUGUGAGAACGAGGAAGCCGAAACGGUCACCGCCAUGGCCUCACUCUCUGUGGGCGUGAAGCCCGCUGAGAAGAGGGUCGAGGAGGAGCCCAUGGAAGAGGAGCCGCCCCUGUAGCCUCCUGAAGCUGCUGUUUCCUUGUUUGUCUUCGUCUUGAAACUCAGCCGAGAAACUGUCCCGCUCAUUGCGGCUACCGCGGCCCUCGGGGGCUGGGGCCACAGCCGGGGCCUUUCUGCCGCCCGCAUGUGGGCAUGGCAGCAUCCCACGGAGCACGGGACAGACACGGCAGCGAGCAGACAUGGACAUGCAAAGCCAAGCACACAGGCGGCCCUGCCGGGGGAAGCCGCCAGAGGCCUGCGCCAUGGCCGCAGAGUGGCCACGCUCUGUCGAGCUUAGCAGGAUGGAAGCUGUCACCGCGCGAAACAGACUUGACCCAAACUGGUGCUGAACGUCUGGUCAUGACCCACAGUUCCACAGUCUCCGUGUAAACCACUCGACUCAUCUUGUAGCUCAUGUGUUUUUU